GGUCUGAAUCCUUCCUAUCGUAGCCAUGGUGACGUUGCGACCGAUUUUCUUAGUUUUCUUCUUCUUUGUCACGGUGCAUGUGAUCGACGCUCGACCCAGGCGCGCGCGUACCCUUGGAUACAAGUUUAGACUUCCUUUUAUUGAAGCAGACAGUACAAAUAAACUGGAGAGGUAAGGCCGGGCGUCAAGUUGACUUAAGGUGGCUGAAGACAGUUUUGCAGGCGGUCAGCGGCAACGCGCGUGACGGCGCUUGUUUUAAAUUAGACAAACAAACAUGGCGGCGAAAAAGCAAUGGUACACAGAAAACGAUUUCUCAAAAUCUACUCAUUAAAAUUUUGUGAUAUUUGGCAGAAUUUUUACUUUUCUCGUAUUUUGAAUGAUGAGAACUUUAAAACGGAAGUUGAACAGACGUUUUUUCACACAUUUAAUAAUUACAGAACAGUUAUAUUAUUGAUUAUCUAAAAACUCGUCUGUUGAAACUUGGUCAAAUAAGUUUCAAAUGGUAAUGAUUAAUUAUAACAAGCUGUGUGCAAGUUUAUAGGAAAAUGUAAUGAGCGAAGUUUCUGUAAACUGAGCAAAAGUGAAAUUUUAAGGCUGCAUUCAAUCGCUCAUGUUGCCAUGGAAACUACGAAAACGUUAAAUUUUACCUGUCAAUCGAAAUCUUUCUUCAGUAUAUUAUUCACUUGCCAUGAUUUAGCUUGUGAGCUGCAACCUUUCUCUUGCCAUGAUUUGAUAAAUGACAUAUACUCACAAACUGCCCGGCAAAACUGUGUCCAGCCACCUUACACUAUGAGUAGGUCUUACUGGAGACUCAUAAUCUACUUACGUGAUGUGCUUUUACACACUUUCAUUUCCAUUCGCCGCCACUUUGGAAAUCAAAAGGGAACAGAAGCCGAAAGAGAUAUCGCAAUUGUUUCUGGGAUCGUUACUGGGGUAGUCACGCAAUUGGAUAACACGCAACGCUCCCCUUGGGAGAGCGUUGCGUGACAUCCGAAAAACGGCUGCGAGGGAGACUAUUACUGGGAAAGUAUCGGCCAGGCUAGUCAGGAGUGCAGCUAUUGGCCAUUUUUUUCCUGUACCUAGUAAGUAGUAACAUUCCCAGUAGUCUCUGCGAAAGUUAACUCGGCCCAGUUUUCGUCCAGGUUCUAAAGUGGCGAAGGCUGGAGUAAGCCGAGAUGCGCAAACCUUAAUGAAGUUAAAGUUAUAUUAGUAGUCGUCGUCAGCGAUAUAUGAUGAAGAGACGUGUUUCUGACAGCAGAAAUCAGCUUACAAAUGAUUAGCAGAGCAAUUUAUAUGGGUUAAAUAUUUAUCAAGCGUAAGGUCAAGUUGGCUAAACAUUGCUCAAGUUCCUUUUUUGUGCUUUUAUAGACCGAGACGAAGACAAUAAAAACGUAAAAAGAAACGUGGCUAACAUUUAGCAAACUUGAACGAACAAGCUUGAUAGAUGAAUGAUUUUUUAUAUGGCUGAAAAGAAAACUUUUUUUACGGGACGAACGAGGAAAAUCUCGAGCGCCCAUCUUGCCCGCUCGGGUAACCAAUCAGGACACAUUCACAGCAUUCACUUUAUCCUACCCUCUCACGGAUUCAAUCAUAUAUCAAACUAGCAGUAGCCGAUGGCUACGAAAUGCGGGCGAACAUGUGGGUUUACCUUAGAGAUGUGAUUGAUGAGAACCGCUUUCAUAAUUGUGUGGGUGAAUCAGAGAAAACCCUUUUAGUUCCACUGUCAACUAAUACUCAUAUUUAAUUCAAUGACUUAAUUCACAGUUGUUUAGAUACACUCAGCCUGCGAAUGGUGAGGAGCGAGGAAAGAAGGCUGUAUUCACAGUGAAAAAUACAAUCAAAACAGUAUUUAACGGUGAAAUGUACACCGUCACGACUGUACGAAGUCUUAUAUUCAAUCCGUGUUCAAUGACCAAGGGCCGUUGAUAUGCAAUAAAAAAUAAUGAAAAAGCCUAGUUCACCACUGGAGUUUAAAUGUUGUUGAAGCGUUCAGAUGAAAAGCGACGUAGCAUGCUUGGAAACGUAUAAAAAUAUAAAAACCAUCCAAUGGAGUGAAACCCGAAUAAGCUUAAUUUACGUAGAUUUCUAGACUUUGCUUACACUCUUAUCUUAUCGAAAAAUCGUCCCGCACUAAGCUGAGAUCAGGCUCUUCUUUCAUUUUUUUCAGAUUCUCGGUCGCCAAGGCGAAUCGAAAAGUCUCACAUUUUAUAGUACAGUACUUGUGUACCUGAAUCACAUGUACUUGCGAAUCGAUCAAUGUUUGUGACAUCACACGGACCUUAAACUCAACAUUACGGCCUUCGCGGCCAUAUGCCAUGCAUAUUAGCUGGUACAACGCCAGCAUCCCAAGAAUGAAGACAGAUUAUGGAAAAACCCCGCUAUACAGUUAAUAAAGUACCGCUGACCAAGAAUAGUCUGCGGGCUCCUCUUGUCGCCCGCAAUAAGAAAACUUUUCUUUCCUCCUUAAGUCCACUAUGGACAUUCCAUCCUAUGUUGUGACAUUCUAAAAGCUACCAAGCGGUACUUUCCUUUGGUUUUGUUUAUUAACUUUGUUCAAGUGGCUAUACCUUUUGAAUCUGUAGACGGAAUUUUAUAAGUGUGACAACGCAGCCUCGUCCCCAUGCUUUUUUUCCGUUCAAAUGUGGAAGAGCCUCAAGGGGGCGAUGUCAGGUUGCAAGCAAGCUCUCCAUUUUGGGGAAGUCUUGAGAAGUCACCCUCGCCAUAAAUGAAGAGCUUGCUCUCAGGCUGACCAACUGUUAAGUUAAAAAGAAAAAUCGUCUUUAUUGAUUUAAAUAAUCACUGUUGUCCUUAGUUUUAGUGACAAGAACAAGAAUGAAGGAUACAACGAGGCUCCGAAUAAUAACGAGCUUGCGAGGGAUGCAGUGCGAUGUCGAUACGCACCAAGCCACCCAAUGUGUUUUGGUCGUUGACACA